GGAGGGAGGGAGGAGAACAACCAUCGCUUUCUGCAACUCGCUCCCUUCCCUCCAAAACCCUCUAAACUUUCUAAACUUCCAAUAUGAACUCACUUUUCAUUGUUUUUCACGUUAUCCUGCUUGCAUCCUCGGUUCAUCUCACGAAUGCCUCUUAUGAAUAUUUUAAACUUGCCCUUGUUUGGCCAACAACCUUUACUCGUAUCCGUGCACCUGGAAGGAUGAUGACAAACCUCCCACAGCAUUUCACAAUACACGGUCUUUGGCCUACAAAUUUCUCGCUUCCUUGGCCAGAAAAUUGUGCUGAUAAAAAGCCGGAGUAUCAUUUUGACCAAAAUUUGAUGACAGCGACAUUGCAACGUCAGUUACGCUUAGACCAUUAUUGGCCAAGUCUACAACCACGAAAAUCGAAUAUGGAUUUUUGGACGGAGCAAUGGGAAAAACACGGAUCGUGUAGCGCUGAAAGGUUUGCUCAAUCUAAAUAUUUUGGAGAGGCUGUAUCUAUUACAAAUAAUUUGGACAUUCUAGCCGAAUUUAAGAAUGUUGGAAUAAUUCCAGAUGGAACUCAAACUUAUAGUCGCAUUGACAUUGUCAAUGCAAUAAAAAAAAUUUUGGCAACAAAAAAGACCAAGACUAAUCAAGUUGAACCCGAACUUGUGUGCGACCAAGAUCAGAGUGAUGUGUUAUUGUCCGAGAUUCGUCUCUGCCUUGAUGCUAAUUUAGCAGGAUAUAUUCGAUGUCCUAUUAAUAGAUCCCCAGGUGUUAAGUUAUGCAAAACAAAUUCCAAUUCCAUUAUAAUACCUGUGUAAUGUUUGUUUGAAUCCAAAUAUUAUUAUUAUUAUGUGUGAAAAAUUGAGAUCAAUUAUUGAUUUCC